AUCGGGAGCGCGCGCGGAGGCGGUCCAGGGCUACCUCGCUUCUGUCGGCUGUUUGCUGCCUGCUGCCUCCGCGCUUUAAAUAUCCAGGACGCCGCCGUGUGAGGAGCCUUUUCUCUCGCCUAGUUUGGGAUUAACCACGCCGCAUCGCAGCAUCGACGGCCGAGCGCCAGCAGGGCCCACGAUGUCCAGUGAAGUGCAGAGACCGGACGACAGCCCCAGCACCAGCGGGGGAAGCUCUGACAUCGAACAAAGGGAGUCCGUACCGCCGGAACAGGAGCGUGAGCAAGCACAGCCCAAAAAGAAGGAGACAAAGAUCUCGAGUAAAACCGCUGCUAAACUUUCAACUAGUGCCAAGAGGAUUCAGAAGGAGCUUGCUGAAAUUACAUUAGACCCCCCUCCAAACUGCAGCGCGGGUCCCAAAGGAGACAACAUCUAUGAGUGGAGGUCCACCAUCUUGGGACCCCCAGGCUCUGUGUACGAGGGUGGAGUCUUCUUCCUGGACAUCGCCUUCACACCCGACUACCCCUUCAAACCACCCAAGGUGACUUUCCGCACGAGGAUCUAUCACUGCAACAUCAACAGCCAGGGCGUCAUCUGUCUGGACAUUCUGAAGGACAACUGGAGCCCCGCCCUCACCAUCUCCAAGGUGCUGCUAUCCAUCUGCUCCCUGCUCACAGACUGCAACCCAGCCGACCCCCUGGUGGGAAGCAUCGCCACACAGUACCUGACCAACAGAACAGAGCAUGACAGGAUAGCCAAGCAGUGGACCAAGAGAUACGCCACAUAGACCACGCCCUCUUUGCCACGAGCCACGCCCCCUUUACAUCCCUUCCUCCCCCAAUGUACCACUCUCUACCUCUUUCUCGCCCUUCGUCUGUCAAAGCACACUCACUAAGUGCAUCAGAGUACCUGAACCCCCCCGCUCCUUUUCUUCUUCCCGCUCUUCUCCCUCCUCCACAUUUUAUCCAACUUUUCUGUGUUCAAAAAAAAAAAAAGUUAAGAAUAAACAACACAAAAAAUGUCCUUUUUUGUUCCUUGUUGACUUGAAAGCUUCUUUUUUAUACAAAGAGUAGAUUGGGAUUUUUAUUUUCCAAUAUGUGAAUGUUGGAAGUAUUGUAUUGGAAAAACACACACACACACACACACACUAUGAUAAUGAUGAUAGCAUUGUGUUCCUGCUCCACACACACACACACACACACACACACACACACACACACACUAUGUAUUCUCAUUUUCUAUGUGGCAUCUGGAACAAACAUGCAGACUUUCACGUUUCUCCUUUUUUUUUUGUUUCUGUUUGUCAUUCGAGUACGUUACCUGCAUGGAACAGGAAGGUUUGCGUCCAUGGACCCUUUAUGCUUUUGAACUUCCUCUCAUUUUGUUUGUACUGUAUGUAUUUUUUCAACGGCUUUUGAGGCAGGCCGCAAGCAAAAAGUGGAGGUCUGCCUGUGAAAGAGGCAGGACUUGUAUAUUUACUGGCUACCCGCCACCUUUGCAAAUUGCAGAGUGGUUUGUUGUGCACUUGUAUUACUGAAACACCCAAUAAAACACACUGUGGUUGGCUUGUGA